AAAUCUGUGUUAUUACAUAAUCUAGCCCACUUAUUACUAAUUGCCGUCAUCUCUCUCUCUCUCUCUACAGACACACAGUGCCAUUGACCUUUGUGUCGUGCUCAUUCACAGCUCUCUCUCUCUCUCUCUCUCUCUCUCUCUCUCUCUCUCUCUCUCUCUCUCUCUCCAUCGCGCUUCUUCUUUAUUUUCUUCAACCAAACAAAGCACAACCCUUUCCCCCAAAGUUUCUAACCCAUUUCUUCUGCCACCUCAACUCCAACAUUUUCCACCUCACCAGAUUUCAAUUUCUGGGUUUGUUUUCUUUUCCAUCUUUUUUUCCUCCCACUCUUCUCUUUUAUUUCUGUAGAAACAACAAACAUGUGUGUGUUGUACAAACAACGUUGUAACAUAACAUAACAUAACAUGUGUGUGGUCUGAAUAAACUAAUGUUUUUUAUGUCUGUUUAAUGAUUAGAUCAUGAAUUUUAACUUUGUUUAUUAUGUUCUGAUCUCAUCUUUAGUAACACCCCAAAACCUUAAUAAAGGUUAUAGUUGUAGAAAUUUUAGUUUUUUCAAGAUCUAGUUAAGUAAAAGUCAACUAUUGUUGAAAAACUAUGAUGGAAACAAAAAACCCAUCUGGGAAUUCUUCAAAUUUUGAAACUUUCAUGCAUAAUUCAUCAUCAAGAAGAAGUUUUGGUAGGAAUUCAACAAGAGAAGUGACUUUUAGUCACUCAGAGUCAAAACCUUCUGUGAGGUAUGGGUCAAAGGGUGCUGAUUCUGAAGCUUUUAGUAUGUCUCAGAAAGAAAUUAGUGAUGAAGAUGCUAGGUUGAUUUAUGUUGAUGAUCCUGUUAAGACAAAUGAGAGAUUUGAAUUUGCAGGGAAUUCGGUUCGAACCGGAAAGUACUCUUUCAUAACUUUUCUUCCUAGGAAUUUGUUUGAACAAUUUCAUAGAGUUGCUUAUAUUUAUUUCCUUAUAAUUGCUAUUCUUAAUCAGUUACCUCAAUUAGCUGUUUUUGGAAGAGGUGUUUCGAUUUUGCCAUUGGCUUUUGUUCUUCUUGUUACUGCUGUGAAAGAUGCAUAUGAGGAUUGGAGGAGACAUAGGUCUGAUAAAGUUGAGAACAAUAGGUUAGGAUUGGUUUUGGUUAAUGGUCAAUUUAUUGAGAAGAAAUGGAAGGAUAUUAGAGUUGGUGAGAUCAUUAAAAUCAAUGCAAAUGAACCGAUUCCGUGUGAUUUUGUUUUGUUGUCAACUAGUGACCCUACUGGUGUUGCUUAUGUUCAGACACUUAAUCUAGACGGCGAGUCUAAUUUGAAGACUAGGUAUGCGAAACAAGAGACUCAAUUCAAGUUUCAUGAAAAGGAGAGGUUUAAUGGUUUGAUUAAGUGUGAGAAACCGAAUAGGAAUAUAUAUGGAUUUCAGGCUACUAUGGAGGUUGAUGGAAAGAGACUGUCACUUGGUUCCUCGAAUAUUGUACUUAGAGGAUGUGAACUCAAGAAUACUAAUUGUGUGGUUGGUGUUGCCGUGUAUUGUGGUCGUGAGACUAAAGCUAUGCUCAACAACUCAGGAGCUCCGUCUAAGAGGAGUCGUCUCGAGACUCAAAUGAACUCGGAGAUCAUCAUGCUUUCUUUCUUCCUUGUAGCUUUGUGUAUGGUCACUUCAGUAUGUGCUGCUGUUUGGUUAAACCAAAACAAGAAUGAUUUGAAUCUAUUGCCUUAUUAUAGGAAAUUGGAUGUUUCAAAGGGAAAAGAGGAAAGUUAUCAAUAUUAUGGAUGGGGAAUAGAAAUGCUUUUCACGUUCCUUAUGUCGGUUAUAGUGUAUCAGGUUAUGAUUCCGAUUUCGUUGUACAUUUCUAUGGAGCUUGUCCGUGUUGGUCAGGCGUACUUCAUGAUCAAAGAUUCCAGAUUGUACGAUGAGGCAACAAAUUCAAGAUUUCAGUGUAGGGCCUUGAAUAUCAACGAAGAUUUAGGGCAAAUUAAAUAUGUCUUUUCGGACAAAACUGGUACUCUGACCGAGAACAAGAUGGUGUUUCAAUGCGCUAGUAUUUGGGGUGUUGAUUACAGUUCUGCAAAAACCAGCCUGGAGAAUGAGCAAGUUGAAUACUCUCUUCAAGUGGAAGGAAAGGUCUUGAAGCCAAAGAUGAAGGUGAAAGUUAAUCAAGAGCUUUUGAGAUUAACAAAAAAUGGAUUUGCAAACAAAGAUGGAAAACGGAUUUAUGAUUUCUUUCUUGCAUUGGCAGCAUGCAAUACUAUUGUGCCUCUUGUUAUUGACACAUCUGACCCUACAGUCAAGCUGAUAGAUUAUCAAGGGGAAUCACCAGAUGAACAAGCAUUAACAUAUGCUGCCGCUGCCUAUGGUUUUAUGCUUAUUGAACGAACCUCAGGUCACAUAGUCAUCGAUAUUCAUGGAGAAAGACAAAGGUUCAAUGUCUUGGGUUUACAUGAAUUCGAUAGUGAUCGGAAAAGGAUGUCAGUUAUAUUGGGGUACAGCGACAAUUCAUUUAAACUUUUUGUCAAAGGGGCAGAUACAUCAAUGUUCAGUGUGAUCAAUAAAUCAUUGAAUACAGACAUAAUACAAGCAACAGAAACCCAUAUUCAAUCUUAUUCAUCCGUGGGUUUGAGGACACUUGUUAUUGGGAUGCGGGACUUGAAUGCGUCAGAAUUUGAUCAAUGGCACUUUGCCUUUGAGGCAGCAAGUACUUCUAUGAUCGGUAGGGCUGCUUUGCUUCGCAAAGUUGCAACCAAUGUAGAGAACAACGUUUGCAUAUUGGGCGCUACCGCUAUUGAAGAUAAAUUGCAGCAAGGUGUGCCAGAAUCUAUUGAGUCCUUAAGGAAAGCUGGUAUUAAAGUAUGGGUAUUGACUGGUGACAAACAGGAAACUGCGAUAUCAAUUGGCUACUCCUCAAGGCUACUAACAAGCGGCAUGACUCAAUUUAGAAUUAAGAGCAAUAAUAGAGAGUCGUGUCGAAGACGUUUACAAGAUGCACUUCUCAUGUCUAGAAAAAAUAUGGCUGCACCUGAGGUUGGCAACUAUUUUGAAGGAAGUUCCGACGGUGUUGUUUCAACUCCGAUGGCUUUGAUUAUUGAUGGUACCAGCCUUGUAUAUAUUCUUGACAAUGAACUUGAAGAAGAGCUCUUUGAACUUGCACGACGAUGUUCCGUUGUUCUUUGUUGUCGAGUGGCUCCGUUGCAAAAGGCUGGGAUUGUCUCUCUUGUGAAAAAAAGGACGGCUGACAUGACUCUAGCCAUUGGAGAUGGUGCUAAUGAUGUAUCAAUGAUCCAAAUGGCUGAUGUUGGGGUUGGCAUCAGUGGUCAGGAGGGUAGGCAAGCAGUAAUGGCUUCAGAUUUUGCAAUGGGGCAGUUUAGGUUUUUAGUACCUCUCUUAUUUAUACACGGACACUGGAACUACCAACGACUAGGCUACAUGGUGCUAUAUAAUUUUUACAGAAAUGCCGUCUUUGUCUUAAUUCUAUUUUGGUAUGUGCUCUUCACUGCCUUCACUUUGACAACUGCUAUAAAUGAAUGGAGCAGCAUGUUGUAUUCAAUAAUCUACACUGCCGUGCCAACUAUUGUUGUUGGUAUUCUUGACAAGGAUCUUAGUAAAAGGACUCUCCUUGAUAAUCCUCAACUUUAUGGGGCUGGACAAAGACAAGAGGCCUACAACAAAAAACUGUUCUGGUUGACAAUGGCCGAUACUUUAUGGCAAAGCAUUGUUGUCUUUUUUGUUCCUCUCUUUGCAUAUUGGGGAAGCACCGUAGAUAUAGCAAGCAUAGGGGAUCUUUGGACCCUUUCAGUAGUUAUUUUGGUCAAUUUGCACUUGGCCAUGGAUGUAAUCAGAUGGACUUGGAUUACUCAUGCUUCCAUUUGGGGGUCUGUCAUUGCAACUUUCAUAUGUGUCACGAUUAUUGAUGCGAUACCAUCACUCCGUGGUUACUGGGCUAUCUUUGAUGCAGCAGGCACGGCACUGUUCUGGUUAUGUUUGCUUGGAAUACUAAUAGCAGCAUUACUUCCACGUUUUGUUGUAAAAUUUGUAUAUCAAUAUUAUUGCCCCGACGAUAUUCAGAUUUCAAGAGAAGUUGAGAAGAAAGCUAGGAAUCUAAGGGUCAAUGGAGAUACACACAUAGAAAUGCUUCACAUCUCAAAUCCACAAAGAUAACACUAGUGAUUGAUGAUCUUGUUCCUUUGCUGUAUUAUUUCUUUUGUAAAGUUCUUCAUUCUUUAGGCGCUACGUCAGAAUAUUAUUGCUGUUGGUUGCCAUGAUUUCAUUGUUUACUAUCCAAAGGGUAGAUAGAGUUUUUGUUUCAUACAAAAGAAGGUUGUAUUUUUAUUCUUUUUGUAUUGAUAAAUUAGCUUGUUGUAAAUUUACAUUGAUUAUAUUAGUAGGAAAAAUGAAAAGUUGAUUAUAUGUUACUAAUCAAAUUUUAA